UCAGUAUUUUAUAAAUUUUCGAUUAGGUAGUUUACCCUAGAACAGAGCUAGGGCUGAGGAGUUAGUAGAUACAUAUCUUCGGCUUACAGAAAGUACUUCACAAGUAUAUCAAAAUAGUCAGGAACGACGACUUGUUUAAGUUAAAGUUGGAUCUACAAGAAAAAUGCUUAUCGUCUGUAAGUUUGAUCCCUUCUAUGUUGGGCCAUGCCCGCCUGGCUGCCUCGUUCCAGCCGGCAGGUGCGGUGGUUCCUGCUGUGGCCCGUCUUGUGGUUCUUGCUGUGGUCCGUCCUGUGGUUCUUGCUGUGGCCCAUGUGGACCCUGCGGAAGUCCGGGUUGCACAUCCUGCCCUUGCGGCUGGUAGACUUAA